AUGCCUGGUCCUGAGAAACCUAGAGAGAUGCUGUUCGUGGUUACCGAUGAGAAUGGCAAAGCCGGGCCCGAGAAGCGCAAGCUCAUAAGGAAGCACGCAAUGCUUGGUAAGAAUCGGGGAAAGACUCGCAAUGUCAAGCCUGUUAAGAUGGAGUCUCCGUGUGAUGCCGAGGACUCCAUGGAGUAUCAAGAUGAAGGCUUAGGCCUCCUGAUCAGAAUGCGCUACCCUACAAUCCCCAGACAAGCGAUCUCGGAGCUUUCACUCACACAAUUCGCCGUUGAUGUGGAGCCAUCAGUCAUACAUGACCUUUUGAAAUUUUCCUUUAUAGCCAAGAGAGUCAUGUACCCUCUGGAAAGACACAUCAUGUUUCACAAGAACAACAAAGUGGAUACGAUGUGGAUCGAACUCUGGACCUCGGAUGCUGCCUACAUGCAUGCGGCAGUCUUUGCAUCUCAGGCCUAUGUAUUCCACACAACCACCGGCGAAACUCCUGUGGCAGCCAGACGUGCAAUAGUACACCAUUCUGCGGCGCUGCGUUUGCUCCGGGAGAGACUGUCGAUGCCGAAAGGAGACGGGAAAGUCUCAAACGCUACGAUAUCGGAUUCCACGAUCCUCGUGGUAUUAUAUCUAACCCUGCACGCUCAUUUCAUGAUCGACUACAAGACUGCGAAGCAUCACAUGGAAGGACUGCGCAAGAUCGUCGAUAUGCGAGGCGGUCUGAUCGCCUUCAGCUAUAACACCAAGGUGAUCAUAGAGCUGCUGAAAUGUGAUUUGAGCAUAGCACUUAACAAUGGCACUCAGCCAAUGUUUUUCAACGAUCCUUCGAAACCCCUAUUGCCAUAUGACCCGACAUUACUGUCAGCGAAAGAGCCAAAGUCUUCAGCGAGAAAGCUACUGGUCGAGCAGGGCAUUGACGCAGACUUGGUCCAAGCAUGGUCGUUCUUGAAAACGUUCUGUUCAACGAUCGAUUCUGCCGCCGAGCACAAGCGCCAGCUGCCCAAGGAAGUACUGCUGAAUGCAAUGGCUCCCGUCAUGUACCGUCUGCUUCGUAUGAAGAGCUUCGACUCCUCAAAUGUUGAUGAAGCCGUCCGCCUUGGUCUCCUGAUCUUCUCCUCCCACAUCUUCCUCAGCUGGCAGGGUGUAAAGUCCCGACAUACAUACCUGCCCAACACCUAUCGAAAUUGUCUACUGACUCUCAAGCUUCCUAGCGCCUUACCGCCUCAGAUAUUUGCCUGGCUGCUCAUGAUUGGCUCAAUAGCGAUCUUCACCACCGCUGAUGACGCUUGGCUGAUGCCCUGGCUACGAGGCAAUAUCGAAUUAUGCGAGGCUCACAGCUGGAGCGAGGUGCGAGAGAAGUUGAAAGAAUGUCCCUGGAUCAAUUUCCUGCACGAUGAACCAGGACAAGCGAGAUACGACUUGGCGGUCUCGUCCCAUGUUCAGAUGGAUGAUGUUACAGCACCGUAG